GUAUGCGUGUCGGCUUCUCUGGAUCAGAUGUCUAUACCUAACCAGGGGGUGGGAGGGAGCAGGGGAACUCUUUCUUUUGCUGCUUCUUUCUGACCAUGGAAGGAAGAAUGCAGGAGGGAGGAUGUCCUUCAAUGACUAGACAUGCUUGUUAUUCCCUCUCUCAUUGCAUGUUGUCUUCUCUUUUGUUACCAGGAUGCCUGCCAAUGUCUCCCUGAGUCUUCUCUCCAAACCCCACCUGCGGUUGAGAAAAGGCUCUCUGUUGGUGAGGUGGCUGAGCUUAGUUUCUCGCCUCCAGUUAUGUGCGUUCUUGACGGGGAUUUUGGGCUGGAUGAUGUGCAUUGCAACAACAGCCGGUGUGAACUGGAGAGUGUGGCGUGUAGAAAACAUCGAUGGAAUCGCCUCUGGAAACGUCUGGAUUGGAAUCUGGGCUGUCUGUUUUUGGAGAGACCCUUCUAACGAUGGCAACUCUUUUUGGCAUUGUGAAGUGCUCCAUGAGAAAUAUCCAAGCCUCCCAAGGGAAAUUUUUAUUGCUCAGGAUUUAAUGGCAUUAGCUUCCAUUAUGAAUUCAGCGGCCCUAGUGUUAACAUCAUUCGCCUUGUACAAUGUUUUUGAGCCCAGAAAACAUAAGGAUUUUGUGUUAACCUUUUUUAGGAUUGGAGCUUUCCUGAACUUAUUUGCAGGAAUACUUGUCCUGAUUUCUGUGAUAUGGAACAUGUCUGCUGUCUUGCAAAAUGGGGAAAUCAACUUCCCAGACGAAUUUGAAUUGCCUCCAAUUCCCAGCGAGCAGCAUAUAGGAGCUUCUAUUUACCUAGGCUAUAUCGCUGCGGGUUUCCAGCUGCUGAGUGCAGCAUUUGUUGGGAUUGAGAGAUUUUGCGUCAAGUCCCCCGCAAUAGAGACACGUGAAAUAGAAACUGUAAUGGUGAUUACCCCAGGAAGUGCGAGCUCCAAGCUACAGCUUUAUGACCACGUCGCAGGAGGGAACUCAGAGCAGGUCUAA